AUGGAGGAACCUCUGCUUUCAGAAGAGAAAAGGAGUCAAUUGGGAGAAAGCGAGAAAUGGAGCUCCUAUCAGUACUUGGGUAGAACGGGUUCAGCAUUACCCACCGCUUCAUUGGCCGGAACUGAAGUAAGCGUCGAGGAAAUUCGGUCAGCUGCUGCUUCUUCCGAUUAUUACCCGCCUUCCAUUCAUGCCGCCUUGAUCACCUCACCUGACCCCAAUCCUAACGCAGAGCAAGCUAUUGUUUAUCAAGGUGGAUAUGGCGGAGGUGACUAUGGUGGAACUGUUAAUGAAUUUCAGAGGCAAAUAUUGGAUGAAGUUGAGAUUCGGGAGUUGCUCAUUGAUCAUGUUGGCCACCGUUGCUGCUGGGGAAGUCAUCCUGCUCGGACCUGGAAGAUUCAUACCGUGGAAGACUGCAAUGUCUAUAUAGGAACUCUAGAAACUUUCAUUGAGGAGAGGGAAACUAUUAGAGAAACAGAACCAUUUCAUGGUGGGAAUAUUGCUGGAAAGGAUACUGCACCUGAACUUGGCGUCUGGGAAUUGGAUCUAAGAUCUCAGUUCCCUGUUCUCUUUACACCUCAAAAAGAAACACGGACCAGAGUUCCUCAUUCUGAAAUUGUUGAGAAAUGCACAGAUUGUGCUGGGAGGGGAGAUAUUGUUUGUCCUACAUGCAAUGCCAACCAAGAGCCUGGAUUUUAUAAGGAGAAUAAGAUGUCUGAUUGCCCUACCUGUUAUGGAAGGGGUUUGAUUGCUCAUAGAGAUGGAUCUGACACAAUAUGUUCAAAAUGCUCUGGAAAGGGGAAGAUUCCCUGCGCAACAUGUGGAUCUCGUGGGCUGAUAAAAUGCAAGAAAUGCAAUGCAAGUGGGUCUCUUUUGUCAGGCAAUGUUGCCAUUGUUAGAUGGAAGACACUUUCAACUCGCAAAGUUAGUGCAACAAGUGGAGCAGCAUCAGUUCCAGAUGAGGUUUUUCAUAGAGCCAAAGGAGUCCAGUUGUGCAACACUCAAGCAUAUCAAUGCAGCCCAGCGUUUUUUGCUGACUCGUUCUUUCUCAACAAGUUUUCUUCUGAAGUUAUUGCGGAGAGAGCUCCUGUACCUCCCACUUCAAGGGUCAUAUGUGAGAGGCAUGCCAUAUCUGUUGUGCCAGUGACACGUGUCACCAUGGCUCAUCGUGGUCGCUCGCGAAGCUAUCACAGGAAGUAUGUCGAUAAGAAGAAAAGCUUUCUUCCUAUUUUAGCUGUGUCUCCCUGCAGCUGCGGUUAUAGACGAAGCUAUAACAGGAAGUAUGUUGAUAAGAUGAAAAGCAAAAGGCCAGAUGGGAAAGGUGAUAUGUCUUCACAAAGUUCAAUUGCGAAAGCUUUUAAAGCAGCAUGCCUGGCUAAACCUCGAGUGAAUCAUUCACAUUUAUGCAUGUUAGUUCCAAUAUAUCUGGCCAAGAUUUACAGCAAUUCAUCCAGAGUCAGAAUGCUCAUGUAUGUCGGUGCUGUGUACAAAAAAAGAGAACAAAAGGUUGUGUUCCACACGGUUUGA